AUGGGAAUUAACGACAUCCCGGAUGAGAACGAUAUCCUCACACCUGACAGUAAAACCAUAAGGUUACUUCUCGAACGCCUUCGCCGGGUGCUGGAGGGGACAACUGACUUGCCAACUCCUAUCUCUUCUUCAGAUCAUAGGAUAUCGCAGCUUUAUCAUAUAUCAGAAGCAGAGAAAAAGGUGAUUGACGAAAUCAAUAAGAUCAAAGAGCAGCGAGAAGCAGACUCAGCUUUGGACUAUACCAAUGUAAAGGAAUACGAUGAUCACCAUGAUGGACUGUCUGGGCGUUCACCAGCUAGGAAACAGGUUGAUCCAUCAGCAGCCGAUCACAGCGCUGAUCAGUGGUCCGACGAUCAAGGCGAUGGUCUAGAAAGAGAUGUUUCAUUCCGUGAUCACGAUGUGUCGGUUACCAUGGUCACUCCAGCUCUUCCAACAUUCCGGUCAUCGGGGCGUUCCACUAGUCCCACCAAGAAGGAGGAAUUGCGAAGAAAAGCUCGUCAAAUGCUUGAAAAUCCAGCUGCAGCUGCUUUUCCAACGGGAACGUCACAAGAUGAUGAAAAACGCAGGCAAGAAGCACGGCGACUCAUUGAGGAGGCAGUAACGGACGGUGCAACAUAUCUUGUCGGAUCCGAGUUAGUGCGACCGGCCGUCUCGAUUCACACAUUCAAGAAACGCGAUCCAUCUCCGAUUCUUCAACGAAAACAAUAUGAUGCUGUCGUUCCCGGACAAGGGCGACCAAUACAAAUGGGAAAUGAUCGGCUGAAGGUAAGUGAUAUUCCGAAUUAUUACUUGAUUUUAUUUUCAAUGCUUCUUUUUCUUCGGCUGCGCUUUUCUCGAAAAGGAUGCCUUUCUGUUCGAUAUGCCAUCUUUUCGCCUUAUUUUUCGUUCCUUUUGAUUUUGAAUAAUUCCAUGCGAAUUCGGUUUCGAGUUGAGCUCUGCUUUCUGUUGAAAAGAGGCAGGACCGUUGAAAAGAGGCAAGACAGCGUUAGAAUGUGA